AUGGAAAAGGGGUCUGUGAUUGUGCACAACAAAAUAAAAAGAAGAGAAAUAGACAAAUCCAAAAACAAGGACAUGAAUUUAAUUGACAACUACCGAAUGAGUAAUCAUAAAAAUGGCACAUGUAACGACAGGAAAAUAAAUGGCAAAAAUGGAAGGACCUCCAAAAACAACGCAGAAUUUAAGAAUAUUAAUGUGAAUAACCAGAAUGAUCCUUUUUGCUAUGAAUGCUACCAUGGGGGUAACUUAAUUUGCUGUGACAAUUGUAUUAGGUCCUACCAUAUAUAUUGCAUAUGCGAAUCCGAAAAGCCCCAACCAAACUACAACUACUGGUACUGCCCCCUCUGCAGAAGAAACGGAGUGUCUUUUGAUAUUUCUUUAAAGAGGAGGAAAAAGUUAAAAACGAUAAGCACAUUCGAGAAGAAAAAAGAAAAGGUGAAACAGAAAAGCGAAGGAAGCAAAUACACGGGUCAGAUCAACGUGGGCGAGAAUUACCAAGUGUCAAAUGUCUCCACUUUUUUUUUAAAUAGCCAUUCGGAAAAAUACGAUGAGGCCAACAAAUCGGAGCUCGUUUACUCGCCCUACCUGCUCGAACGAAUGAAAGAGAGUUACCUCAGCGAGGGACAGUACGAACUGGUCAUAAAAAACGAUUACGAACUAGCCAUUUUUAUAAAAGAACUAGCGAAAAAUUGGAAGUGUCAACUUGGAUGGCACCCAUUUACGCCAGAAUACGCCUUCAAAAUUUUACACCGCGUGGAUUACAACCCUAAAAGGGCCAUAGAACUGCUAAAAAGCGCUGACUUUAAUUUUUUAGAAAUAUGUGAUCCUCCCAUUCGAAAAUACGAGAACAAGUGGAGACCACGGGAUAAGCGCGGCCAAAUAUCAGAUUCGCCAUACCCCUCCUCGGAACUACUGCAAAGUUACAUCAAACGCUCCGUUGAAAUUUCGCUCGAUGAGAAAAAGUACAACUACCACAUGAAUGAGAAAAAUAGGUACUACUGUGAAAUAAAUAAAAACAAUAUAAUAGAAUCUAGUUACCCACACGAACGGACAAGGAAUGCACUGAAGAAGGAACUGGAGGACGAGGAAGACGAUGAGGAAGAGGAAGAGGACGACAUUGGCGAGGACAAUGAAGAGGAAGAAGAAGAAUUAGAAUUAGACGAAGAAAAGGAGGAAGAAGAAGCUGUUGAAGAAGAACAACAGGAGGAAGAGGGGCAAGAGGAAGAAGCUGAGGAAGAGGAGGAAGUAGAGGAGGAAGAAGAAGAAGAUGACGACGAUGAAGAAUACAAUGGGGAGGAUUAUAAAUAG